AUGCAGUCCAGACAAGAUUUCCAUUUUGACCCGUUCGACCCCGACCAGGUUGAAGGUCUGCCCGAUCUCCCUGAUGACAUUGACUGGACCAACCCCGAGCACCUCUUCAAGGUUAUGGGCGGCCCCAGGCCAAAAACACCUUCGCCUGCAGAGGUGCGACGAGAGGCCACAGAGAGGUCACACGCCAUUUUCUCUGCCUACGACACCCUGAGUAAGAUACUACAGCGACACGAAGCUACGAUUCAGAAGCGAUGGGUCAAAAAGACAAAGCAGCAGAGACUGCAAGUUCUCCUCAAAGCCUGGCCUGGAAUGCCGGCAUCCCACCGCCCAGACUUUGAAGCCUUGCGAAAAGAGUCCAAGGAACAGAGGGAGGGCGGUACCAGAUAUAAGGACUACUUCAUGUGGCCUCAUAUCAACCAGGAGGACCUCUCUCAAUCAAAAGCGAUGCCGUUGUUGCUCAACUCUCGGGGCCGUCACCCUCCUCCGACGUUCGCUGCAACUGACAACGAGUCUGUACACCUGGGCUUUGUUAGUAAAGCAUUGGUUCCCAUCUUCCUCAACCAGCAUGUUAUGGUUCUCAACGGGGCUACUUCGGCAGGUGGAUAUGGAAAACUGAUCGCGUGGGACGAUCACCCCGACGCCUUUGAAUGGAUGCAUACCCGGAAACAAUUUCUCCCUGGCGAGGGACUUGUGAUUCUUGAGGUGCAAUCUCAUUUAAUGAAGUUCUUGGUUGACUGCUGCCAUGAGAUUCUCCACGAUACCCCUCCAAGCGAGCUGAUUGGUGACCAAUAUGCCAUCCAACCGGAGCCUCCCCUCAAGACAGACAACGAGGCAUAUGGAUUUGCAGACCUGGCUGUUCUGGCUGCAGAAGCACCAUAUAGACUCCCAGAUCAGCUGAAUCUGGGGAGGCUCGAGUCUCUUCUUGAGGCCAAAAUGUUGGCCGCGGAAGAUCACGUUUGGGCACUUCGUGAGGACCCCGCGUACUUUGCUCACGAGUUUCUGGAAGUCAGGGAUCACCGACAGGAGAUGCUUAAAGACACAAAGGGACGCCCACACCCCGUAACUAACAGACUGAAGGAGCACCUUCUCUGGUCCCGGGUCACCGGAACUGUUCUUCAUGAUGCCUACAUCAACCUCGAGACAUUCACUGAGCUUCAUCGACAAGCUCAGGAUCUGCGCAGGCUACAGCACAAGUACAAGGCAGAAAUUUCACCGCAAAAAGAGUUGCCAGAAGAGUAUAUGGUUGCGUUGCUCCGGUUCAGGUACUACCUCGAAACUACCGCAAAGAGCCCCUUACAGAGGCUAAAAAUGGCCGGCCUGUCCUCACCACCAAUGCACAAGUUCUUCGUCCGUAAUCCCCCGGCCGAUCCCAAUUCGACAAUGAUUGAGGUCACGUCCAAGAUCGGCGUAAAGUACAACAAGGUCGAAGAGCAGCUGAUCUGGCUCCUAAGGAGUUUGUGGGAAGACAACUACAACCUCUUCCUGAUUCGCCUCCCUAACGUCAUGGACGAGCUCGAGAGGCUCUUGCAGUCAAGCCCCGAAGCGGAUGCGUUGAUAUCGGCACACAUUAUAAAGAUCAUUGGUGAUCUUUCCAUAAUUGCCCAGUGCUCGCAACAAUUAGAGCUCUACCAGCCAUGGGCCCAGACGUAUACUUCGGCCUCCUUGGAUCAUGUCGAGGAUUUCAAAGCGGAUCACGAGAAAUGGGGAAAACCCUGGACACGGCUCUCUCCUGCCAUCCGGGAGUUGAAUAUAGCCAGCGCUGGGCGACUGGCCGAGCCUUCUGGUGGCAAGUUUGCCUACCCCGUCGGCAAGCGCGCCACGAAGGAGAAUGUGGAUGCGCUACGGAGGGCAGAGGCCAAUCUGGAUGCCGUUUGGCAAAGUCUUGACGAACAACUACGGUCCAAAGCACCAGAGCUCGGAGGCACGGCCGUAUAUCGCUUCCUUGCCAAGCCACGCAUGUUGCGGAGGACCGCCGAAUGGGUGGAACCGAUAGAGUCGACGACGGACAAAAAGGUCGCUCAACCUGAAAUUGCCACUUUGAACCAGCCAUUCUCGAAUCUGUUUGUGGAUCAUUCAGAAGAUAGACAUCAGGAGCUAAAGACUCAGCCCAAGGCCAAGGCCAAGACCAAGGGUGUCUCGGCCGCACAGCCUAGUGCAACGCCUGAUGUUCCCAAGGCUGACGAAGCGGAUGCCCAGCCCACAUUCUACGUCGAUGCUCGUACGCUCAAAGUAUUCCGCACCAUUUUCUUCAAUCCCGCGGUGUCGUCGACGCCCGGGUCGGUUGUGUGGAAUGACUUUCUCCACGCCAUGGUGGCUACGGGCUUCCGAGCAGAAAAGCUCUAUGGCUCUGUCUGGCAGUUUUCGCCGACGAGACUGGAUGUGGAGAGGAGCAUUCACUUCCACGAGCCGCAUCCCAAGGGCAAAAUUCCAUUCGAGGUGGCGAGACGGCAUGGGAGACGUCUGACGAGAGCGUAUGGCUGGUUUGGAGGCAUGUUUGUCCUAAAAGACCAGUGA